CAAUGUCAUUUGAGGCAUGUGCCCUGUGCUGUGGUAAUGUUUAGUUUUUAUCAAAAUAUUAAAUAACAGAUAACUAUUAAACUAUAGUUACCAUAAAUUAGAGUACAAGUAAAUACACUAUAUUUUUGUAGUGUGCUAUUUUAAUAGUUCUUCAAAUAGUCUAUUCAACAUGAAGAUUAAGAAACAGCAUAAGAAGAAGAAAUAUCUUCACAAGUUAAACCGCAAACGAAUGCACAAUAAACUAAGAAGUACAGGUCAAGUUAACUGUAAAGUAUUAAAGGAGGCAUGGAGCAAUAAAAAGUCUUCACUUCGUAACCUAAGAGAUAUGGGUCUUGCAAAUGAUCCAAACAAAGUUAUUAAAAUACCGAAUCUCAAGGAAGAAAAGUUAAAGAUCGCAAAGAAGAUAGUUAACCCUGACUUAUCAGAUUCUGAUGAAGAAUUAAUAACUGUUAAAAAAACGCCAUCCAAGAAAUCUGUUGCUGAACAGUUAGAGAAAGAAGCUAAGGCACCAAGAGAGAGGAGGUUCAUGUUACCAAAAGGUCAAGUAGAAUUCAUUACUUACCUUUUAGAUAAAUAUGGCCAUGAUUAUAAAGCAAUGGCAAAGGACAGAAAAAAUUAUUACCAGGAAACUUGGAAACAAUUAAGAGCAAAAGUCAAAACUUUUAUGGGCAUUCCCAAACAGUAUGGGGAAUAUUUAGAGUCCAGAGGUUUGUUAGAUAAGGAAGAAAACGAAGAAGAUUUGAAAGAGCAAGCUAAAGCACUUAUUAUGAGUGACAGUGAUUGAUAAUAAAUUCAUGAACUUUCAAGUAAAACUAAUUAUUUUUUAACUGUAAAUAAAUUCUUAAGAGAAACAACUUAUUUGAUUUAAAAUGUGUUCACAUAAUUAUAUUUUGUGCAACCCAAUUUAUUAAUUAAAUCCAAUGUUUGACUCAAUGAGUUUUGCAUUCA